CCCGGCCCCCCCCUGCUGCUGCUGCUCCUCAGGGCUGAGGGCGCAGAGGCGCUGGCCGAACCCGAGCUGUGCUACGUCCUGGAUGCCAUCCUGUUCAUCUACGGCAUCGUCCUCACAGUCCUCUACUGCCGCCUGAAGCUCCAGGUUCGAAAAGCACCCAAGGCUGACGUGACCGCAGGCUAUGAUCAGAAAGGAGAAGGGAUCUACACAGGGCUCAGCACUCGCAGCCAGGAGACCUACGAAACCCUCCAGCACAAGCCCAAUUAGGAGCCCAGCUGGAACCUCUGCAGAAGGGGGUUGAAGGGGGAAGCAGCUGUUCCCCAAAGGUGAUUUAUACAAAUUCCUCCCCAGCAAAGAAAAAGCUUCGCUGAAACCGUAGCCCCCACAUGCUGAAAUGCUGGAAGGGGUUUCGCCCCUGUUCCUCUGCAUGGAAAACAUCUGCCCUUAGUUGUCCAUUGCUCUGAGACUCUGCAGGACCAGCCUUUCCUCUCCCGCCUCUCUCGUGUUUCCAGUGCUGAAGAUGUCCUGUCCCUUGUGCCUGCACAGUGAGUCUCCGCUGUGACAACUGUGGGGUGCCAUGCAUGGUUCCCUCCAGCAGUGAAGCACUUUGUCUACACCCCCUCACCAAGAACUAUAAUGCAAACAUCUCCCUGAGCAGCUCUUGGAAACCUCUGAGCCAAUGGAGAAUCAGGGAAUUGUAGGACUGGAAGGGCUCUCGAGAGGUCAUCUAGUCCAGCCCCCUGCACACAUGGCAGGAAUAAGGACCAUCCCUGACAGGUGUCUGUCUAACCCGUUCUUAAAAAUCUCAACCAUCUUCUUAGACAAUUUAUUCCAGUGCUUAACUACCCUGACAGGAAUUUAUUCCCCUAACGUCCGGGCUAAACCAUCCUUGCUGCAAUUUAAGCCUAUUGCUCCUUGUCCUAUCCUUAGAGAUUAAAGAACAAAUUUUCUCCCUCCUCCGUGUACAAACCUUUUAUGCACUUGAAAACUCUGAUCACGUCCCCUCUCAGUCGUCUCCAGACGAAACAUUUUUUGAUCCUCCCUCAUAGGUCAGGUGUUCUACACAUGUUAACAUUUGUGUUGCUCUUCUCUGGACUUUCUCCAGUUUGUCCACCUCUUUCCUGAAAUGCAGUGUCCAGAACUAGACACGAUAUU